CCCGCCACAUUACAACGCUAUUUCACGCUUGCAAAGAUGAAUUCAAAUUCCUCCAAUUCGUGCGAAUUGACCUGGACAAAAACUGAAAUUGAUCCCGAAACCGAUAUUUCAUGCAAACGCGAAAGAUUGUACUGGAAUUCGGAAACUACUAUGAAACUCAUCGAAAUAUUCGAGAAAGAUUGUAAAGAAUUGUGGGACAAUAAACACCCAUCGAACAAGGACAGAUCGGCGAGACAAGCUAAACACGAGUAUCUGGCAAAUGUAUUCGGUACGACCGCCGAGGAGAUAAGUAGAAAGUUACAUAAUUUGAGGACACAGUUUAACAACGAAUUGAGAAAGAUAAAGCGCAAACAGGCGGGGGGAGAGGGUACAACGGGGAGCAGCGGGUGGGAGUAUUUCGACGCCCUAUUGUUUUUGAUGCGAGAGCCCCCUGUCGACCCCAUCGACAGCGUGGACGGAGUCAACCUAGCGCUAGCAGAAUUUCAAGCCGAUGAAGAUGCAGAAUUCGGAGCCCGGGUCAACUUGUCUAUCACCAACUCGCCUCCCAGAGUGCGUAAGCCAGUUCUGAGGGUAGCUGCCUCCGCGCCCCCGCCGUUGCCUCCGAGCGCCCACCCCAUGAUGUGGCCAGAAGAGCCGCGGCCACGGAUACGGCCUGGAAUAAACACUGAUGAAUGUCAGGUAUUUGGAGACUUCGUUGCUUCUGAACUCCGCACGCUCAGGUCUGAUGAAUCUCGUAAGAGAUUGAAGAGAAUUAUCCAGAAAGCCAUUCUCCAGAUCGGAGAGGAGGAGGAUGUGAACAUUAUCUCUGGAUAGCGCCGAAACCGUCUUGCGUCUGAAUCUUCAGACCUCUUAGAAUGAAAGAAGGCGUUUGUUGGGUCAGAACUCUAAUAGUUUUAAGGAUCGUAACCCACUUGCGCGACUAAGCGGAGCGAGUGUUUUAGCGACAUAAUUUUUUUGCAACUAUACUAUACAACGUAUACAAUUCGUUUUAAUGCUGGUUGAAAAAAAAUGUCAUCAUACGUUCGAGAGAAUUAUUGUAACAGUAACAAGCUUAUGUAAAUUAGGAUCAAAGUAUGACCUUAAACUCGAACUACUACUUAUUUGUGAUGCUCUUGUCCGCAUAUAUUUUUUAUAAAUCUUAUUAAGACGUAGAUUCGCUUGAUCGUAAAGGGGAGGUUAGCCUCUAUGUCAAUACUAGUGUCAAAGCGUUAGUACGAAAUAUAAACAUAAUUUUAAAAUUAUAUUCAAUAUAAAAAAAUAUCUUUCUAUUUAAUUAUUGUAGUCUUGUGUAUUUUAAAACAUAACCUUAACGGUUUCUAGUUUAUAUUCCGUGUAAAAUUAUAUAGAUAUUCUAUCUCAGUGUUAGUAUCGUUACACAAAUGUUACGUAACGAUUAUUUUUAAAUAAAAGUAAAUAAUUUAUCUAUAACGUUAAUCCCAGAUUAUAAAAAAAGCCAAUAACGCGUGGGACAUUAUAAAGGAGCAACAAAAGCGAAAAGGUACCAAAUCUAAGGCGAUGGCAAAAAGUAAUGUUAAUGUUUAAGUUAAUGCGUCAAUAAUUACUUGGCAUUAAUUUAUAUAUUGGCCUUUUGUUUUAUAAUGGGAGGUGUUAAUAUUACUUAAAGUAGCUGCAUAUAUUAGUAACAAUUGAAUGU